AUGGAAAUUACUUUUGUAGAUGUGACCAAGCUAAAAUGUGGUCAUCCUGGGCCGGGUAGAUGUGAAUCCAGUGACUGGUGUCCUUAUAAGGAGCAAGCCCGGACGCUGGGGAGCAGGCCGAGGGAAGAGGAGAGCUCUGUGUCGAGAGAGGCAGGGUGGCAGGUACGAGAGGGAGGAGCCCACAGCGAAGGCAGCGGUGCCACGGCCACAGCCAGCCAUGGCGGCCGAGGCUGCUGGAGUGAGGAGAGGCCAGAUGUCCUCCUCAUGCUCUGUGAUGCUUCAGACGGUCAUGGCCAGGCAUCCGGACCUUCGUCCAGCCUGGUUCCAGCCUGGACCAGGCGCCUCGAAGGGAGCUGCGAAUCCCGCUUAUAUAGCCAGCAGGGGCGUGGCGAAGGUGCCUACGCCAAUCACCGCGUGGGCCCCAUGCAAAUGAUGACUGUUUGCACCAAUCACAAGCUUUCCCCUCUGGCCCUGGUGCGAAGGCUGUCUGACCCGUCAGGCUCUUCCCAGCCGCUGGCUGGUGACGAGCUGGAGCAGAUCCGGCCCAGUGUGUACCGUAACGUGGCCCGCCAGCUGCACCUCUCCCUGCAGUCGGAGCCCGUGGUGACGGAUGCGUUCCUGGCUGUGGCCAGCCACAUCUUCUCUGCAGGCAUCACCUGGGGGAAGGUGGUCUCUCUGUAUGCCGUGGCGGCCGGGCUGGCCGUGGAUUGCGUGCGGCAGGCCCAACCUGCCCUGGUUCACGCCCUGGUGGACUGCCUGGGGGAGUUUGUGCGCAAGACACUGGCAACCUGGCUCCGACGGCGCGGAGGAUGGACAGACAUCCUCAAGUGUGUGGUCAGCGCGGACCCUGGCCUUCGUUCCCACUGGUUUGUGGCGGCACUCUGCAGUUUCGGCCGCUUCCUGAAGGCUGCCUUCUUCCUGCUGCUGCCAGAGAGAUGAGCUGCCCAUCUGGUCAGGGCCACAGCCUGGACUGCUGGCCGCAGGCUGGGAGGGGACCGUGCCUGACCAAAGCAGGAGCCGUCUUUUACUGGCUUGUGUGCUGGGAGCAGCCUGAGGGGCUCGGUGGCGGGGAACCGGGGCACGCAGCUCGGAACAGCAUGUCUGACGAAGAGUGCGGGAAGGCUGGAUCCCAGUAAAACUUCACCCCGUGAAGGGCCGAUGGGGCCCGGCUCCUGCUAUCCUUGUGCCUGUUCUUAUGCGACCCCCACAGAUGUGUCCACCCAGACCCCUGGAGAGCUCAGAUCUGAGCAAGUCCAGCCCCGGAGAUGCACUGUCUGAGCCACCCUGCAGCCGCCCCUGUGGUCCCCUCGGCGCUCACCGGCGGCGUGCGGGAACGUGCUCAGGUGCACUCAGGCUGUGCCUGCCCUGUGUCUGGGCACCCACGUGGCUGGGCCUAGCCCAGCGACUGGCCCUGCAGAACGCCACUCAAGCUGAGAGCUCCCUUUUAGACUGGGCCACUGUGAGUAGUCUUCCUAGGGAAUGAGGAGGCGCAAUCUGUCUGAGAAUAAUGGAGGAAAGGUUUCUGGGCGUCCAUGUAGACUGGUUAGACCGAAAGUUUCUGCUGCCUUUUUCCAACAGCAGAAAAUUGUGAUAGCCCAGGGUCAGAUGUGGCAAUAGACAUGCAGAAGCUCCAGGUCCCACGGCCCGGAACACGCUCGCACGCCGGGGAGCCCCAUGAAACUGUACUGACUGUGCAAAGUGGGGAAAAAAGAUAAGUGUGGGCUUUAAAUUCCCAUCUUAAAAACCCU